AUGGCCACGGGGGCCAGGGGCUCAGAACUCUCUGAACACUCCCUUGGCCUCAUCCUCUGCUGCUGCCUCCUGAGCUCGGCCGGGGCUCUGGUCGAUCCUGAUGAUGUUCUCACGAAAGAAGAGCAGAUCUAUCUCCUAGUAGAGGCUAAGGAAAAGUGUCAGAGGGACAUAAAGGCCCAGCUGGAGAAGAUCAAAGACCCCAGCUGCCCUCCAGAGUGGGAUGGGAUCAUCUGCUGGCCAAGGGGCUCCCCCAGCCAGGAGGUGUCAGUGCCUUGCCCCGACUACAUCUACGACUUCAACCACAAAGGUCACGCCUACAGGUACUGCAGUGCCUAUGGCACCUGGGCCAUGGCUCUCAGCAUCAACAAGACCUGGGCCAACUACACAGAGUGUGCCCUGCUCUUCUCCUCCGAGAGCCGGAGCCGCCAGAAGGAGGUGUUUGACCGCCUGCACCUCAUGUACACCGUGGGCUACUCCAUCUCCCUGGCCUCCCUCAUCGUCGCCGUCUGCAUCCUCUCCUACUUCAAGCGCCUGCACUGCACACGGAAUUACAUCCACGUGCAUCUCUUCACCUCCUUCAUCUGCCGGGCCCUCAGCAUCUUCAUCAAGGACUUGGUGCUGUACUCGGGCACGGCGCCCAGCGACGCCCACAGGAUGCGGGAGGACGAUUUCAGGGGUCCCCUGCCAGGACAACGGGGCCACCUGGUUGGCUGCAAGGUGGUGGUGACUCUCUUCCUCUAUUUUCUGGCCACCAACCACUACUGGAUCCUGGUGGAAGGUCUCUACCUGCACAGCCUGAUCUUCAUGGCCUUCCUCUCCAACAAGAACUACCUGUGGGUCCUCAUCAUCAUUGGCUGGGGUCUCCCUGCUGUGUUCGUGUCCAUCUGGGCCAGCGUCAGGGCCUCGCUGGCAGAUACACAGUGCUGGGACCUCAGUGCGGGGAACAUGAAGUGGAUUUAUCAGGUCCCCAUCCUGACUGCUGUCGUGGUGAACUUCUUCCUGUUCCUCAACAUCGUGCGGGUGUUGGCCUCCAAGCUCUGGGAGACCACCACGGGCAAGCUGGACCCCCGGCAGCAGUACAGGCAACUGCUCAAGUCCACGCUGGUGCUGAUGCCACUCUUCGGAGUCCACUACGUGGUGUUCAUGGCCAUGCCCUACACCGAGGUCUCCGGGCUCCUGUGGCAGAUCCAGAUGCACUAUGAGAUGCUCUUUAACUCCUCCCAGGGUUUCUUUGUGGCUUUUAUCUACUGCUUUUGCAAUGGGGAGGUGCAGGCCGAGAUCAAGAAGGCUCAUUUCCGGAGGCUCCUGGCGCUGGACUUGGGGCAGCAGGCGCGGCCUGGGAGCUGCUGCUGCUCCGGGCGGGGCUCCCGGGCCCCCCAAAGCUGCAGCACGAGCCUGGCGGGGCGGGGAGCAGGGGGCACCCGGGGGCUGCUCGGACACGGCCCCGCCUCGGACCAGCUCCUGCCCGGACACGGCCAAGAACUGAGCCACAAACCCCGGGGCGAAACCACGGUGGAUUUGACAGACCUGACUCAGUGUCACCCCGAGCCCAACAAGGAGCUGGAGACCAUGCUGUGA